AUAGUACAAUACGGUUCAUAAAGAGAACACGAUUGGCUGCAGAGGUGACUACGGGGGCCGAGGAGAGUCAUUAAAGUGUGGAGCGAAGCGAGUGAGCGUGUGGCUGUUUUCCUCUUACUCGCCCUCCUCGGUCGUCAUGACUCAGGCCCCUCCGCCUCCGUUUGACCCCAGCCGCCCCCCUUUGAUCGAGGGCUUCCAGCCGGGCGCUUUCCAGCGCCGCGAGGAGGGCUUCGCGGACAAGUUCCUGCGCAAGACCCGCGAGAACCCGCUGGUGCCCGUCGGCUGCCUUGGUACAGCAGGAGUCCUGACCUAUGGGCUAAUCUGUUUUAAGAGGGGCAACACCCACCAGUCCCAGAUAAUGAUGCGGGCACGAAUCCUGGCUCAGGGCUUCACCGUUGCAGCCUUGGUCGUGGGUGUAGUUGUUACGGCACUGAAACCCAAGAAGUGAACACACUGCUGCCAUGUCGGAACAUGUGACUGUCCAAUGCCAUGUAGCCUAGGAAUGGGACUUUCUGACAUGCUUGUCUUCCAUGAUGAUGUCUCAAUGUUAUCUUAGAGGUGAUCAUCUGCUGCCGAAAGGCUCUGGAUUUUUAUAUUACUGCUAAUAUAUUCAAGUGAUUCAAUCUUG